AUGGACAAACUGCCGCCAGAGAUACUCAUUCGAAUCAUCUCUUAUCUCGUGCCAGACAAUGGAAUGGGACUACCCAUUACAAGCAUAGCCAAGCCCUGGAAGAAACAUGGAUCAAUUGCCCAUCUGGCCACUGUCUCCAAGCUCUGGCAACACCACGUGGAAAGGCAGACUUUUCAGGAAUUGUUCCUCUCUACUCAACGCUUGAAGGCUGCUGGCCGUAUCGUCACAUCCCAACGACUCGAAUAUGUACGUUUGGUCGAUCUAGAGGUGGUCCUAGACGCUUAUGAUGAAGCGGCCGCCUGUCGCGUGGAAAACGAGGCAGACAAGGCCAGCAACAAUCAGUGCUUCACCCAAAGUCUAGAUGCGCUAUUUGCCCUUUUGCACAAACUAGAUGCGCCCAAUUCCAACAACAGUCACGAUCGGGUGCUGCGAUUGCGCGCCUACUCACCGAGUGAUCCCUGGCGCUGUCCCGACUGGCCUCGCAUACGUAGGACGAGGAUGAAUGGUCUCACCGACAAUAUUUUGAAUGCCCGCUUUGAUCAGAGUUAUCUUGACCUCUUGGGACCUCUCAAAUCGAGAAUUGAUUGUUUUUCGACCUUCUGCGUCCCUGACCCGGUGGAGCAAGACCUCAAGUAUCGCCGCAUCAGCCCAAGCGCUUGUUGCCGUAUCGCAGCCAAGCUAGGCAAGCUUGACAAGAUCAUAUGGCAUCUCUCUGACAACGAGAAGAAGGAUGUCUCACUCAGAAAAGCUUUGAGACGGGACUUUGCGGAGCGGCUGGCCGAUCUGCCGCAGUCAUUGAAGCGCGUGGUUCUACACUAUACGCGGACCCCUCCCAGGAACCAUAAACACUCGCCCACAAACAUCCUAGAUACUGGGGACUUCGCAGGAGAUCGACUCAGUACAGCACUGCGAAAGCUCUGCAAGGGUCUCGUCACGGUCGAUAUUAAAGCCUCGCUUGAACACAAUUUCUUGGUACCUAGAGGUUCCGAGCACGAUUCCACCGACGCCGCACAAUGGCCCAACAUGCAGACUUUGAAUCUGACUCUUUCCGCUGUGACACCUUCCGGGAACUGGCUCUUCGACCAACACCCCGACGCCAUCGAAGAUGAAGAGGCAUGGCUCGAGGCAGAUAAUCUCAUGGACGAUAAGCCAGACGCACCGGCUGAGGAGGACUGGAGGCUCUACGAAUUCCGCGGCGCGCCCAAUCUUACCACCAUUAAGCCAUGGUUUCUAGCUGCGGCAAAAGCUGCCAGCGACAUGCCUUUGCUAACAGAGUUGAAGAUUGAAUCCGGAUGCGGCACAACACCGAAAUCAUAUCGACCUUACUGCGCCGUGCGGUAUUCCGCCCAGGCACCUUUAUUGGAGAUCGCUAGUACGCCUGUUUUGGAUGCGGAUCAGGAGCUGGAGGAGGCGUGGAGAAAUACUGCACUUUGUCAAUCACCGAAUCGAGGCGCCUUGGUAAUCGAGUACAACGAAGCAAAGGACCGUCAGGAUCCAGGCCCCGUUUCAGUCUCAGCCCAGCUUAGUACCACACGGAGGCCACAUUUCGGGGGUGGCCUCGUACAAAGCGACGAUACAAACAAAAGAGAUAAGUAUUGA